AGCAGCCAGCCUUGGCUCGAGUCCAGCAGGCCUUACGUAUGCACUACCGCUCCGCUUCAUGACGAAGUCCAAGAAGGCAGCCGCGCUGGUGCGGCUGCUGCUGGCGUGCCCCGUUGUCACAGCGCGGGCGGCGCACAUCAGACGCGAUGGCGCAUCGAAGGCGUCCGUGGAGCUCGCGGUCAUGUCAAUGUGCCCUGAUGCGGUGGUGUGCGAGCAAGCAUUCGCGCCGGUGCUGAAGAGCAUGUCCGACCAGGUGGACCUCUCUCUGUCCUACAUCGGCACCCGGGACGAGCGGGGCGCGCCCGCGUGCAUGCACGGCGCGGGCGAGUGCGAGGGCAACGUGCAGCAGCUGUGCGCGCACCGCGCCGCCAAGGGGAACGUGUCGAUGCUGAUGGACUUCGUGCUCUGCCAGGGCGAGGACCGAGGAGGCGCAAUCACCAGGGCGAGGACCGAGGAGGCGCAAUCAUGGACUCAGGCGCGUGGAUCAGCGACGGGGCCCGCCUCCGUGCAGAAUCGGCGCGCUGCAACGCCAAAUCCAAAUCGGGCGGCAUCUUCUUCGAUCUGUGAACCUGGAGCCCACGGGCCAGAUCCACGGACCGCAAGCAGAUCCCGGCCAACGGCAGGCCCUGCGCCGAACGCGCCGGCCUGCCCCUGCUCGCGUGGGAGGCGUGCUCGUCGGGGCCGCAGGGCUCCAGCCUCCUGCUGCAGUCCAUGGAGAGCGCAGGGAGGCGCAACGUCCGCGUGUCCUGCACAGUCUUCGUCAACGGCGAGCAGUUCUGCCAGCACAACGAGGAGUGGGUGAACUGCGGCUCGUGCGGGGACGACAAGGCCGCGUGCCUGCGCGCCAAGCUGCUGCGAUGAGCCGCGCCCUGCCGCGCGGCCGGCGUGCGCAUCGCCCUCCGACUGUCGGUCGGCUGCCUGGCGACUGCCAUGGGCGAGAAACAGAUCCUUGGCAUCGCUCGGGCGUGUGCGUUUUUUUUCUCGGCGGGGACAAACGAGGAGCAUCCUGGAUCAUCUGGC